CAUCUGUCAUAAUUUGACAUUCGAAAAAGUGGUCGUAAAAUGUUUGGCUUUUUUAUUGUGAUCUUAAUUGCAAAUCAGUAUUUCAUUUAGUAAAUAUUAAAAAAAAUUUAUUAAACUAUUUUUGAGGGUCUUAAUUUAAUAAUUUUAACUUGCAAAUAUCAGCAAGUUCUCAAGAAAUGGCAUCAGAAGUUGAAACUCAAGGAGUGCAACAGAAAUCUAAAAAACCUUCAGAUUCGGCUUUCAAGCAGCAGCGACUUCCUGCAUGGCAGCCAGUUUUAACAGCUGGCACUGUUUUGCCAACAUUUUUCGUCAUUGGAAUUUUGUUCAUACCUGUAGGAGUGGCAUUGCUAUAUUUUUCAGAUGAAGUUAGCGAAUUUGUUUACGACUAUACCAACUGCAAAAGGGUUGGAUACAACAUGACCUGUGCGGAAUAUUUAACUGCAAAUGUUACUGGAUCCUGUAAUUGUGAAAUUGAAUUUGAAUUGCCAAAGGAGUUUACAGGAAACGUUUACAUGUAUUAUGGUCUUAGCAAUUAUUAUCAAAAUCAUCGACGCUAUGUAAAGUCUCGAGAUGAUGAACAGUUAUUAGGCCGUUUGUCUUCGCGUCCAUCGACAGACUGCAUACCGUUCGCUUAUGCUGAAGAGAAUGGUGAGGAUAUACCUAUUGCGCCGUGUGGAGCCAUUGCCAAUUCCCUUUUCAACGAUACCUUAACACUAAAAUUCAAUGGAGUAGAGGUGCCACUUCUCAAUACUGGCAUUGCCUGGCCAUCCGAUAAGCAAAUUAAAUUCAAGAAUCCCCCAGGAAAUUUAACCGUGGCUCUGCAGCACUUUAGUAAACCAAAGUUUUGGCAAAAAGAACUGUGGCAACUGGAUCCCAAAAAUCCCGAAAAUAAUGGAUUCCAAAAUGAAGAUUUAAUUGUGUGGAUGCGUACAGCAGCGUUGCCCAGUUUUCGUAAACUUUACCGACGCGUUGACCAUUCCCAACCAGCUUUUAAAAAUGGUUUGAAGAAGGGUCGUUAUACUCUUAAUACUGUUUAUCAAUAUCCUGUGACGUCAUUUGAUGGUUCAAAGAAAAUGAUCUUAUCAACAACGUCUCUACUGGGCGGCAAAAAUCCCUUCCUUGGCAUUGCAUACAUUGUUGUUGGCUCCAUAUGUCUGGUGCUGGGUAUCGCCUUGUUGUUCAUACAUAUCAAAUGCAGCAAGAGCACUACGGAAAUGAUAAACGUCAAUCCGCGCACACCCUAUUCGUAAUCGCACAACAAUAGCGCUGAUGUGAGGUGGCAUGCCGAAAUGCUUAUCUCAAAAUAAUUUUGAUGUAUGCACUUAGUUUGAGGCUUUAAAAUGCUAUACAUGUGAAUGACUUAAAGCUAUUAUAAUAACUGUAGAACAUUCAAGUUCGUUGGCGAAAUUUGUUGAUAUUUAUUCAUUAUUUCAGUUUAUUGUUUCCGAUGCUUCAUUUCUUUUCAAACUAUGUAGUAUUAUCAAAAAAUCUUUACUUAAAUUAUUGUUUACACGAUGUUUUUAUUAAAUUGUACCUGCUUAUCAAUGUA